AUGUCCAAAACAGCCGCUGUUCUUCGCGGCCUAGUCUUAUUGCCUGUCGUCCUCGCCCAGCAAUUUCCACUUCGAACCACUUCGUACGAGCACUUUGGUUUGACGACGUAUAUUGUAGACCGUUACAUUUACGUCUACGACAUUUCAUGCUACAAGAACAGAGACACAGGAAACCCUUGCGACUACAUUCUGGGCGAAUGGAGAAAUCAAACAGAUGAUUCCCCGCGCGAAUGCGACGAUUGCGUUCUUGGGCCGAUGGAAAUUGUUAGUAUACACGUAGGCAGGUCAGACCUUUCGGUUACGACUAGGUCAAUAGGUUAG